AGCAAGAGAUGUCUGAAAGUUCCUCAGGUCUGACUACAAGCAAUCAAAGAUUCUGUAAGUCCUGUUUGUCCUACUGCUCCAUCCUAAGCAAUACACAUACUGUUCCACCAGUUUCAUCGCAGAACAGAGGACCCAUCAGUCAGAAUUGUGAUUCACGACUAUCUUCCCCACUUCCUUCUGAUUCCUUCAAGUAUCUCAACUGGUGUGACUUAGAGGAACAUGAUGUUCGAGGAAAUCAGCUCCGUUGUCCCCGAGUAAGAGAAGGACCUUCAGAAGAAGAGCUAUUUUUCAGAGGAGAAGAAGAUACUUUGAAAAAAAGAAAACAAGUAACUGAUACAGAGAAAUGGCAAAAGAAACUGCAAGAGAACUGGGAAAACUGUGCUGAACUGAACCUCUCAUUUCAGGACCUGGGAGAUCUUUACCAGGUGGAAAACCUCAAUAGAAUUCUCCGAAGAUUAAUUCGGGUGGAAAAACUUUGGCUGGUGGACAAUUCUUUGACAGACCUCAGUGCCAUAAGGCUGCCAAGAUGCAAAGAACUAAAUGUCAGUAAAAAUCACUUUACAUCCUUCAAACAGUUGCCAAAGAUACCUCAGAUCCAACACUUAUCAUUGGCUGAAAAUAACAUUAUGAUGCUAAAUGGAAUAUCAGUCUUGAGAGAUACUCCACUUGAAUCCCUUAUACUCAAGAGGAAUCCCUGUGAGUUUCAAGAAAACUACAGGCAACUUGUAUUUUCCAGUUUGCCAAACCUGAAAACACUGGAUGGUGUCCCGCGACUACCAGAGGACUGUUCACCCCCAGAAAACAAUUUUCUUUCCAAAAUGUGUGCUAUACUGUAG